AUGAGCCAAGAAAAUAUUUGUGAAAUCACCCAGUUCCUGUAUUUUGGCAAAUAUCGACUUAACACCAAAACAUCCCCAGCAACCAACCAGGCACCUGGCCCGGAGGAAAAGGGGAAAGCUGGUAAUGCCAAGAAGGCUGAGGAGGAGGAGGAAAUCGAUAUUGAUCUGACAGCACCAGAAACAGAGAAGGCUGCCUUGGCCAUUCAGGGCAAGUUCCGGCGAUUCCAGAAAAGGAAAAAGGAUCCCAGCUCCUGAGAAGCCAGUCUUGCUCCCCUCUCCCCGCUUCUCCACAGCUCUGACUCCUGUGUAUUUGUCUCUUUGUCCCUCUAGUCUCUCAUUGAGGCAAGUUUAACCAUAUAUAUUAUGUUCCCUGCCCCCCACAAGCCAUCACAGUAGUAGAGACAAAAGGAACCUGGGGAAGAUGAAUUCCACUGGCAGCCACUUGCCUAAGAGUGCAACAGUUUCUCCUCUUCGGGAUGGGUUCCUUACUAAUCCCCAUGUAUGCCCUAUGGGGCUGAAUCGCAAGAGACUUCGGGGUUGCUAGACGGACCCCUGACAAUGUGGGAAGGGGAAUGCCUUCAAGAAGGGUGCUCAGGGUGGGGCCUAUGUACUGUUCUGUGGGGAACACCUCCCUCCUCACACCCCCUGUACCACAUCCUCUGACUUCCCUCCUAGGAGCUAAGCCACAGUGGGGACCAGAGCCUCCCUUUCCCCCUGGGCAAGCCUAAAUCAAACAGCUUACACAUUAGUGCAUGCAAAUUAGAUUAGUUCCAAGGAAGGGAGAGACAAAGGAAAGUUUCCUCCAACAUCUAGUCUAGGACCAUGAGGGGCAGAGGUGGAAGAGGUUCAGGGGGUCACAGACAGAAAAAUGGGAACUUGGGUAGAUUUGGGGAUGACCGCAAAGUGAAGAGGGGAGGUCUCUGGAGACACAAGUUACUGCCAGUGCAAGUGUACAUUAUGAGGAUUCUUGGGGCUUUGCUGACCUGCCUGCCUCUAACAAAUCCCACUCCCUGCCUCAGUCUAGCCAUCCUCAAAGGCCACACCAACCAAGUGAUCCCUGUAGUGCCCACAUGCCCCUGUGCCCCCACCCCAUGGAGUCAGGGCACAAGUGGAAUAUUCUUUGUGGUUUUAGCAUGUUUAAUAAUUAUAAAAAUAAAAAGAGC